AUGUCGCCGAAGUUACGUGCUUUAGCAGGAAAAGCCAAUUGGUUUGGUAAUGGGAGUAGGAUCCUUGUUACUACAAGAGAUAGCCAAUUGCUGAUUCCUAGGAUAGACAAAUAUCAUGUGUAUGAAGUUCAAGCACUGGACAAUAGUGAAGCUUAUGAGCUGCUUAGUAAGCAUGCUUUUCCUCCGCAUUACAAAUUACAAAUCAAGGCAGAUCUAGUGGAUGGUGUUCUGGAUCAUGUUAAAGGCCUUCCUUUAGCACUUGAGGUGCUGGGUUCCUUAUUAUGUGGUAGAAGGCAAGAUGAAUGGGAAAGUACGCUAGACAACCUUUCUAGAAUUCCUAAGAAAGACAUCAAUGAUGUGCUCAAAAUAAGUUAUGAUGGACUAGAGGCAAAUGAGAAAGAGAUUUUUCUCCACAUUGUGUGCUUCUUUAAGGGGUGGGAAUUUUGUUACGUCAAGAAAGUUCUCGGCGGUUGCGAUCUUAAUGCGGUAAUAGGAUUGCAAAUUCUCACCGAGAGGUCCUUGAUAAGAACCGAGUCCGGAAACAUACAAGUGCAUGACUUGAUUCAAUUGAUGGGUAAAGAUAUCGUGAACCAAGAAUCCGAUUAUCCCGAGAGACGCAGCAGACUAUGGCAAUAUGAGGAUGUUCUUGAUGUUCUGUCACGCGACAUGGGAGAUUGUGAUGUAAAAGCCAUAGUGUUGGAGCCACUUGUCCCAAUAAAGCUAUCUAUCGGUCAUGAUGCUUUUACAAAACCGAGAAGGUUGAGAUUGCUUAUUUUGCGGAAUGUUUCUUUCCAAGGUCCUAUAUGUCUUUCUAAAGAGGAGUAG